AUGAAGAAUCAUAUCAUCUCCCGAUAUCGUGAUGUUUCCUCCCGUUCCCCAAAGGCUGGUCCAAAGGCGGUUCACGCGGCAAGAAAUGCGUUGUCGGUUUUACGGCGAGCAAACGAAGGCUACUCACGCCCUCUUGAAAAAGUGUUGUUCCUGUCAUACGGUCGUAUUGGGAGACGGCGACAUGAGCUGCUGGCAAAAAUUUUGACACCAGAAAUUCCCAAAGACUCUUUGGCUCUCAAAGAGCUGCUCUCCCGGCCUGCCGACUACGGUGAUGGUUGGGAACCCUCGGCUAUCGUGAAAAGUCUCGCGGCCUCUCAAAUGCAGAACACAGUGGUUACAGCAGCCCGCAUCAGGCCGUUGAUCAAACAAUUAGAACCACCGAUUCCCAAGAAAGACAGCUGGGGCAAGGAAUUUGCUCAGUCUCGGAAGAGAAAUAUUCGGAGGCAAUGGUACAAUAACACAUUGGGCAGUCUCCUUCCACCACUACCAGAGAAGGAUCUCCAGAUGCUUGAGGGACUCAUCUCAGGAGCCGUGGCCUGGGAACCUCCGAAAAGGAGAAGUUCAAAGCCUCAGAUUUCCCAGAUCAAGCCUGGUGGCGAACUCUUCAAAUUGCUGGCUAGGGGCCCUGAGAAGGGUACCACCUUUGCUGAAUAUGCCAAUGGCCGGCCACAUACAAUUACAGUGAGGCUAAUGCGUCGUCAAUGGAGACGUCUUUCUGCUCUUGUGCCACGACAGUACUGGAAUCCGAUUUCACAAAAGUGGCGCUUUUUGUGGGAUUCACCGAAGGAAGUCCCUAAGCUAUCCUUCGAUCUGGACAGUAGCAUCGACCCAGAAACUUUUUUCAAAAAACUGUCCAUUCAGGGGAAGAAAGACGAGGCUGAAGCGCAUAAACCCUCUCGAUAA